AUGUCAUGGAGUGAUGUAUGGAAAGCUGAGCCGUUUAAGUGCAAGCCCGACCUUAUUCAGCCUGUUGAUGCUUGGCACUACAGCCCAGCAAUCACCGAGGAGCAGGACUCUGUAUCUCCAACCUACUCGACGGCACGGUUUCUACGGGACUCCGGUGUCGAUUGCAUUGACUCCGCUUCUUGCAAAUGGCACAGAGACCAAUCUUACUUGAUAAGGCAUGCUGAUUUCAGCUCGCUUGAAAACACGCAAUACACCAUCACAGUACCGACAAGUCAAGGGAAUGUCAUUAUACCUCAGCUGGGUGGCAAGCUGUCGUUCAAUGACCGCGAUUCUAAAUUCCAUGUUGCGGAUUACGAUCUUGGCCGCAUGAAUUUGGUUUACUCGUCUGCAGAGAUCUUCACUUGGGCUCGGGGUGCCGGACUGACACGUUUGGUGAUUCUGUAUGGCGAUGCAUGCGAAAUGCAUGAGCUCGCUUUAUCCCGCCAUAUUGGGAAUCCAUCCGUUGUCAAGGGAAGCAAUGUUACGAUCCGUCAGAUGAAUGCCACAUGUGUGAUACAAUGGGCCGUCAGCCCGAUCGCCGUUCACUUGGACACGUAA